AUGAGUUUACCGGAACAGGGAUUACGUCAAAGGCGUACUAUUUUAGAAGUUAUUCAAGAACUAGAUUCUUUUAAUAAAGUUCAAGAAAAAGUUAAAGAGGAAAAAAAUGCAGCUAAAGGAUUUGCUAGCUUUAUUGUAAUAACAAUUAUAAUUAUUAUAACUCUAGGUCAUACAUAUGAUCGGUUUUAUGGACAGAAGGAAUAUACAUAUUCAAUGAAUACUGCUGACUAUACUGAAAGUUUUCCUAAAUUGACAAUUGAUAUGCAACUUGCAACAUCAUGUGGGAAUUUUGAACUUAAAUUACCACAAUCAGAUGUUGUGUCACAAAUAUUUGAUAUAUUUGAUGAAAAAAAUGAUAAUGAACCAACACUUAAUAAAGAUCCAACACGUUUUGAAUUAUCAGAAAAAGAGUAUAAAUAUUGGAGGAUAUUACAAGAUGCACAUCGUAAAAAGUAUAAUAAAGGCAAUAUAGAAAAGCAACUUAAAGAGGCUGCUGAUAUUAAACAAGAGGAAGAGAAAAAGGAACUUUCAAAAGGACAUCAAGAUAAUGAUAAUGAUGUUGAUCCUUUUUUUGGUGGUAAUAAUAAAGUUAUUAUAUUUGGUAAUGGAAUAGGUAUGUUACAAAUUAUAUCAUCAAAUACAAAAAAUUCAAUGGAUGAGGGAACAGCUUGUAGAAUACAUGGAGAGUUAGAAAUUAAAAAAAUGCAAAGUGAGACAAUAAGUAUUAUAACUGGUGGUGGGAGUAAUGAAUUAGAGAAUAUGAUAGCACAUUUACAAGGGACAGUUAAAUCAGGAAACUCAUCACAUCGAAUUGAAAGUUUCUACUUUGGUGAUAAAAAUGUUGGUGUUGUUACACCAUUAGCUGGUGUUGAGGAGAUAUCUUUAAGUGGUAAAACAGUUUAUACAUAUAAUAUUAAAGUUAUACCAACUAGAAUAUACUAUGGUUCAAUUUUUUCAUCACCAUCUCUUGUAUAUCAGUAUGCUGUAACAUCUAUAAAAAGUGAACCAUCCUCAAUUGAGGAACAUGGACAUGGUGGAAUAGUAAUUGUUUAUGAAUUAACAGGGACUGUUAUUGAAAUAAAAGAAAGUACAAUGACAACAAUUCAAUUUUUUUUACGUUUAUGUUCUUUAAUCGGUGGUAUUUAUGCAACUGUAACAUUUCUUAGCAUAUAUAUAUCAAAAUUAUUUGAAAUGGCAGGGACUCAAUAG